AUGAAUUGUUGCCACCGUUUUUUGUUCAGCUGCGUAGACGCUUGCUUAACAUCAUUCUCCGCCACAUCAAUCCAUCGUCAUGAAGCCGAAUACCUUUCGCAAUCGCCUGCUAUGGGCAAUAUGGCGAAAUCGCUGAGGCUAUUUCUUAUCCGUCAUGGAGAAACGGUAGACAAUGUCGCACAGCUCCUCGCUGGGAGCAGAGACUCGGAACUCACCAACCACGGCUUUCAGCAGGCGACUCGCUUGGGCCUUCAUUUCAAGUCGCUUGGCUUGAGGUUCACCCACCUGUUCUCGUCUCACCUUCAACGGGCUGCGAAAACGGCCGGCAAGAUUCGAGAAGGUCAGCUGGGCUGUGAGGGGGCUGAUGACCAUGCGCAUGGGGUCCCCGCCAUCGUACGGUUACCAUUGCUUAUGGAACAGGACUUUGGUUCGAUGGAAGGCAAGAAGUGGGCCACUCAGCCAGCGGAUGCUAGGGCACCUGGACAGGUUGCAUCAGAUUUUGUGGCGGUAGAGACGAAAGAAGCCAUGGCCAAACGUGCUGAUGAGUUCCUCGACGGUCAUCUGAUCCCCCUACUGAGCGACGCUUCAGCACCUGCUGAGCUUGUCAUUGCCAUCGUUUCCCACGGUAUCUAUCUGUCUACCCUGUGGAAACGAAUACUGUGCCGCUUUCCACCCAAAAGUGUAAUGCUAUCCACCAACUCGUUGGCCACACCGCUACCGUCACUCGAGCAUUUGGGUGGCUGGUCGAAUACCGGCUACUUGGAAUUGUACAUGGUCAAAUCUGCAGGCGAAAAAGUCGAUUCUUCAACCGCGGCUUCAGUGGACAAUGCGCCAAUUUCUCCAAUACUGGUUGCUGAGUCGUCGACUUCACUUACGGCAGACGAUGAGACGAAUGAUAUGGCUGAGCCAUUACCAGGCGUAUCAAUAGAUGCUACCGCUGCAGACCCGCUUCCCAAGGCAGAUAUACCUCGCCCUAAAAUUAAGACCACCACUUCGGGCAUGAUGCAAGGCUGGACCACCCAAAUAUUGAUGAUCAAUGGGAAGGAUCACUUGAAAGGGUUGAAGCGCACCGGUGGUGGCGUCGGCAGUUCCCGUCAUGAUGCUUCGCAAAAGAGCAUUGAUACUUUCUUCAAGCGGCGCAAAAUCGAGUAG